CAGACACGAUGGCGCUGGGGCGCUGAUCGUGCUGCAUGAGAGACGUUCGCCGCCAUCCUGAAAGGGAUGGGCGACCCUAACGUGAGCCAGACACGAUGGCGCUGGGGCGCUGAUCGUGCUGCAUAAGAGACGUUCGUCGCCAUCCUGAAAGGGAAUGGGCGACCCUAACGUGAGCCAAACACGAUGGCGCUGGGGCGCUGAUCGUGCUGCAUAAGAGACGUUCGCCGCCAUCCUGGAAGGAGUGGGCGACCCGAACGUGAAAGAGACACGAUGGCGCUGAGAAGCCGAUCGUGCUGCAUAAGACGGUCGUCGCCAUCCUGGAGGGUAUGGGCGAGCCGAACCGUGAAGCCAGGUACGAUGGCGCUGAGGGGCCGAUCGCACUGCAUAAGACGUUCGUCGCCAUCCUGGAGGGAAUGGGGCGAUCCGAACGUGAAAGAGGCACGAUGGCGCUGAGAAGCCGAUCGUGAUGCAUAAGACGUUCGUCGCCACCCUGGGAGGGAAUGGGCGAGCUGAACGUGAGCUGGGUACGAUGGCGCUGAGGGGCCGAUCGUACUGCAUAAAAAUAGUGAUAAUCGUGAGUGGUAAUCGUCUCGCGGCCCUCGGCCGUGCUGGUGAUGUGUCAAGUCUCUAUCCUGAUUGGCUGUGAGAAGCCGAUCGUCUGCCAGGACUCCAUCCAGGAAGGAAUGGUGAGCCUGAAAAAAAUUUGGGUGAUGUCCCUCCGUCUGAUCUGGGGAGCUGGUAUUCGUCGUCCAAGGCAAAAGAAAGCCUGAUGUUAGCCGAUCGUCGUCGGCCACUUCAUUCUUCGUACUUAAGUUUUGUAUUUGUUCUUUAUAUAUGUUUUUCAGUUUGUACUUCCCGGCCAAUAGCGCCGAGGGAUAAAAUCAUUCUUUGCUCCGUGCUCUUCUGGCAUCUUUUUUUUUUUUUUUGAGGGAGGCAAUCUAUAGUCUUCGUUCGUCCUUGGUCCUUGGUCCUACCGGCGUCCCUACUUCGAGGAGACGUUCGGUAUCCGCAGACAUCGCAAGGAGGAACAGGUUUAUCUACAUCGAGAUUCCCCCUUUUUUCGUUCGUCCGUGGUCCUUUUAGUCUUACCGGCGUCUCUUGCUUCGAAGAAGACGUUCGGUACCCAAGGAUCUCGCAGGGACGAACAGGUUUACCCUCACGGGUUCCCGACUUUGUUAUCCCACGUCCAUCGAUCCAUGGUCAUUUGUGGGAUAAACAGGUUUAUCUUGGCAGGCUCCCUUGGUUCGUCUAGCCCCCUCCGCGUCUCUACUAACCUCUACAUCGAGAGGCGUUCGUCUUCGGCGGUGGGGGAAGAUCUGGCACGCCCGGGCAAGAUUCCCUUCCGCAUAGGAGCUACCCUCCUCUUCUCCCCAUCUUUUUUUUUUGAGGGAGGCAAUCUAUAUUCUUCGUUCGUCCUUGGUUCUUGGUCCUACCGGCGCUCUUGCUUCGAAGAGACGUUCGGUAUCCGCGAAACUCGCAAGGAGGAACAGGUUUAUCUACAUCGAGAUUCCCCCUUUUUUCGUUCGUCCGUGGUCCUUUUAGUCUUACCGGCGUCUCUUGCUUCGAAGAAGACGUUCGGUACCCAAGGAACUCGCAGGGACGAACAGGUUUACCCUCACGGGUUCCCGACUUUGUUAUCCCACGUCCAUCGAUCCAUGGUCAUUUGUGGGAUAAACAGGUUUAUCUUGGCAGGCUCCCUUGGUUCGUCUAGCCCCCUCCGCGUCUCUACUAACCUCUACAUCGAGAGGCGUUCGUCUUCGGCGGUGGGGGAAGAUCUGGCACGCCCGGGCAAGAUUCCCUUCCGCAUAGGAGCUACCCUCCUCUUCUCCCCAUUUUUUUUUUGAGGGAGGCAAUCUAUAUUCUUCGUUCGUCCUUGGUUCUUGGUCCUACCGGCGCUCUUGCUUCGAAGAGACGUUCGGUAUCCGCGAAACUCGCAAGGAGGAACAGGUUUAUCUACAUCGAGAUUCCCUAGCUCUUCUUUGUCCGUCCCUGGUCCAUGGUCCUACCGAUCUUCCUACAUCGAAGAAGACAUUCGGCGUCCAAGAAACUCGCAGGGAUCACGGGAUGUCACACAUAAUGGUGGUGGCAUAGCGAACAAUAUAAUGACGAGGCGAUAGAAUAGCUGGUCGUCAUGCGAAGGCGAUGGUCACCCUCCUGGAGGGGAGUCGUGAGCCCGAUCGCAAACUCAAGAGGGUCGGCAUCGGGAGCCGACAAAUAAUGAUCAUAAUGCCGCUGAGCAGUCGGUCCUGAAAGAAUCAAGCAACGACCCUCAUCCGCGAGGAGCGGGGAUGAGGCCGGUCUUCAAAUAUGAUAAACACGCCGAGCCGGGAGGCCGGUCGUGAUGUAAUGAUGUCGGCAAUGAGAGGCCGACCUGACAGAAUCAAGCAACGGCCCUCAUCCGCGAGGAGCAGGGUGAGGCCGGUCUUCAAAUAUGAUAAGCACGCCGAGCCGGGAGGCCGGUCGUGAUAUAAUGGUGUCGGCACUGAUAGGCCGACCUGAAAGAACCAAGCAGCGGUCCUCGUCCGCGAGGUGUGGGGACGAGGCCGGUCUUCAAAAGAUGAACAUGCCGAGCCGAGGGGCCGGUCGUGGUAUGAUAAUGUCGGCAAUGAGAUGCCGAUCAAGAUAUGGUCAAGCAACGGUCCUCGUCCGCGAGGUGGCGGGGACGAGGCCGGUCUUCGAAUAUGAUAAUCACGCCGGUCCGAGAGGCCGGUCGUGAUAUAAUGGUGUCGGCACUGAUAGGCCGACCUGAAAAAACCAAGCAACGGUCCUCAUUCGCGCAGUGCGGGGACGAGUCCGGUCUUCAAAUAAGAUAAUCACGCCGUGCCGAGAGGCCGGUCGUGAUAUGAUGAUGUCGGCAAUGAGAGGCCGACCUAAAAUCCAGCAACGGUCCUCCUCCACGCAGCUCGGGGACGAGGCCGGUCUUAAAAGAUGAUAAUCACGCCGUGCCGAGAGGCCGGUCGUGAUAUGAUUGUGUCAGUUGGCCCUCGGCCGUGACGGUCUCCUCUAGGCCUUCGGCCUCUGAAUGAUGGAUGAUCGUCUCACGGUUCUUCGCCGUGGCAGUCCCCUCUAGACCUUCGGCCUCUAGGUGUUCUUCCUAGGCAAUCGGUCUCUGGGGUGGAGAUGCUCGUCCCACGGUUCUCAACCGUGGUGGUCCCCUCUUUAGCUGGCCCUGAACGUCUCCAAGACUUGGGCCGAGCGUCUUUUAAUCAUUUCUCUCGAACGCGUCGAGUGGCUUCAGCUGCGCAAUAAGCAUGAUGACGGGCCGCACGGCCCGACAAUAUGUAUACACACAUAACCAUCUGCAUGGCUUUCUUUCUAACAUCCACGAUUACCGGCCUAUGGGUUAUCGUGACCCUCGGCCCGGCUCAUCGUGCAGGGUUAAUGGACGUAGUAGCUCGCGGCGGGGCCAACUAGCAGCCCGCCGAACGUCACAUAGAGAUAUUCAUCGGUCUGUGAGUUUUCAAACUCAGACCCAUGUUGGUCGCACUGCCCUCGGAAAAACGAGGUUGAGUGCUUUGGUGCCCUCGGGCCCCACAGGCCACGUUUGGCACAGUCACCUCGCCUAGUGGCGCAGGUGGUACUAGGGUACUAUCGUCGCUCGAGCACUUGGUGCCGUGCGGACUAUUGCGUAACCCCCAAAUUAAAACGCGUCAUCGGGACACUACCCUCGGGAGACGCUCAGAUCGCUAAUCAAAGCCGAUCGAGAGUGGGCUAAUCGAACCCACCAACAAUUAAAUAUUUAAUAAAAAGUUGGCUGAACUAAUUAUCACUAGAGCUUCGCUCUGCAUUAUUUAAUUUCGGGACACUUUUAUCCCUAAUAAAUAAUAGUGAUGUACGGGUAUUAAUAAUAGUAUUAUCCUACCAUAAGUCAUUCAGAUACGCUCCGUUCGCUAAUUAAAGCCGAUCGGGAGCGGGCCAACGGGCUCACAACAACCAGUCAUUAAAUUUAAAUGACGGGGAAACUAGUUAUCACUAGAGUAUCACUCGACAUUAUUUUAUUUCGGGAAAUUUUAUUCCCUAAUAAAUAAUGGUAAUAAUAACUAAAAAUGAUAUUCAUAAUACCAUCAUUAUUCUAAUACUUUUAAAAACUAGUAAAUGAGGGAGUGUGUGGCACUUAGCUUUCGAGUUAGAGGCUCGGCCAGUGAUGAGCUACGUACAGCCAGAUUCGCUCCCUUCCAUCGAUUUUGACUUUGGCCAAAAGUACUCCAACUAUGAACUUCUCAAAUUAAUGCUCCAAGCCUUUAGUAUAGACCUUCGGCCAGUGAGUUCCUCAAUUUAAUUUGGUUCCUUUGCUAUUUGACUUGGUCAAGGUGCUCCAAACUUAUCCGUCUGCCAUCAUUCCUCCAGUGGACGUGGCCUUUGGAGAACCAAGGCAUCUGAUCCAUAUGCCGUACUUCGUAUCUUUUGGGAAGCUAGCUGAAGCAUCCAUCCACCGACUCGAGGCCAACUGCGUGAGCCCUCAUCGACGGCGGUACGGGCGGUUGCCGCGGCGCAAGGGCAGCGACCAAGGCCGGGCUAGGUGGGUCCGGCAGAGCUUUGAGGUGUACCUUCCCUAAGCUUCAAGCCGCCAUUAAUGGCGGAAUUUCCUUCAGGUCGCGUCAGCUCCAUGUCGCUGAUGACGAGCGGUGAUGUGCGACUGAGGCGGUGGCCGCCUGAAACAGCUGGGGUGCUGCAGCGAGCUUCGUCUGGCGCAGCUGACUUCACCGGAGGUCCGCCGCGGCGGGGAUGGUUACGGCGGCUCCGGUGACUUCAAAAACAGAUCUGGAAAAAAUUCAGAUUUGGCUUUCCAGAUUUUCGUAGCUUCCUAGCUUCUUCUUCCCUUCCUCAGAAUCAUUUCAUUUCUUUUUUGGGAUAAGGGUCAGUUUGGUCCUCGAAGUUGCAAAAAAGGGGUCAAAUAAGUACUUAUAUAGAAAAUUUUGUCCGGACGUGCCAUUUGAGGUGGCUCCCGGUGGAAUUUUUUUAUGAAAGUUUUUGAGCAUCUUAUUCAUUAAGUCUAGUUUACUCAUACCAAAUUUCAAAUAAAAAUUCAAACGGGAAGACAUUCAAAUGAAUUCUUGAAGAUAACCGUGCCGUUAAAAGCGCAGUUAUCUUCAAGAAUUCAUUUGAAUGUCUCCCCGAUUGAAUUGUUAGCUGAAAUUUGGUAUGAGUAAACUAGACUUAAUGAAUAAGAUGAUCAAAAAAUUUCAUCAAAAAAUUCUAUCGGGAACCACCUCAAAUGGCACGUCCGAACAGAAUCUUCUAUAUAAGGACUUAUUUGACCCCUUUUUUGCAACUUCGAGUACCAAACUAACCCUUUACUCUUUCUUUUUUCUUUGCUGGAAACCAACUCUUCCAAACGACUUUCCUUCUUUUUUUGCUGAAUCACUUUCUUUCGUAUGAAUUUUUGUAGAAAACUCAAGAAAGGUAGAACACACGAAUCUUUUUGGAUAGAUUCCCACAGACGGCGCCAGUGUUGAGUUUAAUCCAACACGGACUCUCCUCACCAUUACAUUGUACAAGCUCCCAUUAAUGGAGUAUUUGAGCUAUUCUAGAGGAAGAAAGAAGAAGGAAAGGAUCCAUAAUAUGGAGGGAAACUCCCAUAUUUAUAGAGAACAGGGGAAGGGGAUGCUCUCCACCCUAAUGGGCCGCAUGGGCCGGAGUGGGCCCAAAUGGCUAAAGUGGGCCGGAUGGGCCGAAAUGGGCCUAACUGCUCGGGUUCCGUACUGAGUGAUGUCUUGGGCUCCUGAACAGUAAUAGGCCGGGAUAAUAUAUCCCAACAGUAUUGAAAAAACAAAUGUUGGGAGGGGCCAUGGCCCCCUCACCCUUAUGCAUAGUUCCGUCCCUGGGACCAUCGACUGUUACAUGCACGUGUCGUUAUUAUUCUUUUGAUGCGCAAG